AUGGCUCUUGUCACAAGCACCCAUACGUGGGAGAACAGCUGGAUACUAGAAGGAGAUAGAUAUUUUUGGGCAGCAAUAAUCAUAAUAUUCGUAUUAUUAGCAUGUUUCCAAAGUUUUAAACAAAUCAAUAUGUACUUAACUACACCUGUAGCAACAAAUAUCGAAGCAGCUUAUCCGAAUCAAAUACCAUUUCCUGUUGUUGCUAUCUGCAAUAAUAAUCAGUACAGACUAACCUAUUUGACGGGUCCAGCAAUUCAAAAUCGCAAACCAAAAGAGCCAAGAAAUAAUAAUAGUGUAUCUAGCGAAAUGAAUUUAACAGUGUUCGAUAAGGUGCUGGAAAAUGCUUGGGACAUGGAUGCUGUAAAAUUUCUUAGGAAUGCGGCGCACUGGAAAUCUAGAAUGAUACUCAGUUGCACUUGGCCGAAUGGUACCAAUUGCCGAUUAUCAAAUUUCAAAGCAGUUUGGACACUUACGGGGCUUUGUUGGGCCAUAAACACGGAUCCAAAUAAUCCACAUUAUAUAUCUUCAAGUGGCUCUGACAAUGGUCUCAAGUUAUUACUAAAUAUCGAGCGAUAUGAGAGAGUAGAAAGUUGUACGCCAUAUUUUCGGACUAUGAGCCUUCCGGGAUUGAAAAUCUUGAUUUAUAAUCAAACAGACACACCGGAAUCGUCACUUGAUGGUGUUAAUGUUCCUCCUGGAUAUACAAUGGAGAUUCCGUUUAAGAUGCAAAAGAGGCAUAAAUAUGCAGGUGCGGGAUGUGUGGAGAAAAGCGAGAAAUACCGGACAACAACGUUAGCAGUUGACGAUCCGGAAAAUGUCCACACAUGUAUCAUUCGGAAAUAUUUGCAUGAAAUUGAAAAGAAGUGCAAAUGUUCCAUGAGGCGGGCAUAUAACCCAAAUCCAGGCGCGUAUAGCUUCUGCAAUGUCGAUCAAUAUUUCACAUGUGCAUUACCCACUCUACAGUUCGGUAAAAAAAGAAGUUUCAAUCGCUUUGGCUGUCCUUCACCAUGUGAUCAAAUCGAUUAUACAGCUUGGCAGGAUAUGACUUUAUUGCCAAACAGUAUAUUUCCCUCGCUGAUCGAUACUGCCGAAGAAGAGGAUGUGGAGGAUGUUGUUGAUGACUACGAUGUCGAGAAUGAUGCGAAUAUAGAACUUCAUCGUGAUGAGCAUUUCCAGUGUGAGGAGAAUCAGCUACUCAGUAAUCAACAGGUUAGACAAAUUAAGCGUGCAGCGCAACGUGCCUAUGAGAAACAGUCUCGAUAUCAGGAAGAUAUAAGACUGAGAACGAAACGAAUGAUAUUGAAACUACAAGAAGCAACACAAAAAUUAGUUGAUAAUGGCUGGGGAUGGACAGAUGAGACGUAUCAAAAUGUUUUUGAACGACUGAACAAGUCGAUCACUUGCUUCAGUACAGUACCUAGCGAUCAUGCUAAAAUGUUUGCUGCCAUCGAAAAUCCAUCAUCGUCAGCUGAAGAAGCACGGAUUUCUGUCAUAUAUCGACUCCUCGAGCCAAAAGAAGAUAUCAGUGGUGCCAAGCAGUUUCAUACUGUAGUGCAACUUCGCGAAGCUUUUGGUGAUCGUUUCGAUGAAGUAGUAAAGGAGAUGCAAAGAUUCGUUAAUACUAUCACCAAACUGUACAAGAUAUACAAUCCAUCAUUCUACAAAUCAACACUUGGCGUUAAUCUAAAACGAAUGGAUACUAUUUUAUUUUUGGCAAAUCAGUACGAAUCAGGCAGGCUACAACGACGUGCAUGGGCGGAAAAAAUGCAAUCACGAAAUAUGCGUCACUUCUUUGAUCAGGAAUUCUUUGAAAACUGGUACAAUCCAAUGCUGAGAGAUUUGGAUGAAAAUUUGGUGCGUAAUAUUGUUGAUAUGGCUGAUGACGAACUACCAAAUUUCGUUGCUGCUGUUGACGAUGGUAGAGGUCUACAGAUGGGCUCUAUGCUAUACUUUGGUGAUACGACAACGCAACACAAAGAACAAUUCGCUGCAUUCGUCCGCGAUAUUGUCGACUGCACUUUUGAUGAUGUGAAAAAUGAAAGUAUCAUCCUGUUGAAUUCAUUCAAGAAAGUGAUGCAUGAAUUUCAGUCAGCAUAUUCGAAUUUAUACCAAAAGGAAUUGCCAGCUUAUUUGGCCAAUUUUGAUUUUGGAUCGGCAUUCGUAGAACAAAAUUUCGCUAUGGUGAAUGUUUUCCUACAUCGGAUGAACAUUGAGACGUGGCGACAAGAGAGCACCUAUAGUAUUUGGAGUUUGGCAUGUGAUGUAGGUGGAGCACUUGGUCUUUUCCUCGGCGCAAGCUUACUUACAGUCAUCGAACUUAUUUAUUCAUGUUGCCAGUACGGUCUAUGUAAUCCGUUCUGUUGCUGGCCUUUAAAUUGUUGGAAAAAUAUCAAAACACAUCUUGCGAACAAAUCAAACAAGUGGAAGCAGAAAGAUAAAUCGGAAAUGGAAACUAAACUUCUUGACGUUGCGAUAAAACGAUCUAAAAGUCCCAUUUCAUGUUCGACAUCUCCAAAAAGUACUUCAGCCAUCAUGACAAAAAAACUGGCUUGCGCCAUUGAUCUGUCUGGGAAUCAAUUGUCAACGAAUUCAACUCCAAGUCAUUCAUCGUCCAUUAAUUUCACUAAUGAAGAUAAUUCUUCGCCGAACGAUUUUCUAUUUGAAACAAAUAAUUUGGAAAAACAAGUUUCUAUGAGCUCUUCCAGAACACUCACGAAUUUUCCGGGACAAUUCUCGUUUGAAUCCGUCUCAUCAGAAUUUUCUGAUAAAAUGGCAACGUUAUUUCAGCCAAAAAACGAAAGACAAACGUUCAUAUAA